GCAGCAGCAGCAGCAGCAGCCUCAGAGGCAGCAGGGUUUGCCGGGAGAAGGGAGGCCUGAGUCCCGCCUUCUGCCCUCUGCCUGCCGUCGUCGUCUCUGCUGCUCUUCUCCCUUCCUGCUGCCUCUCCUGCGAUGGCGUUGAGCCUGACGGUGAACCCCGGCAACCUCCCCCUCGGAGCCUUACUGACUGCAGAGCAUGUGAAGGAUCAUGUUAAAAUUUCAGUUGAAGAAGGGAAAGAGACCAUCCUACGGGUAUCUGAUCAAGUUGCAUUCACUGAUAUGAAUUCCAUAGCUCGAUAUCUGGCCAGAAUUACAACUUCUGCUGGAUUAUAUGGAUCUAAUUUGCUUGAGCACACUGAGAUUGACCAUUGGCUGGAGUUCAGCACUACAAGACUGUCUACUUCUGCUGAUUUUGAUUUAGCAGUUCAAGAGCUCAAUAAUACACUUUCUUUGCGAACCUACCUGGUUGGAAACUGUUUGAGUCUUGCAGAUUUCAGUGUCUGGGCAACUCUAAAAGGCAACAGUAUAUGGCAGGAGCAGUUACUUCAGAGUAAUGCUCCAGUUCACUUAAAACGCUGGUACAGCUUUCUUGAUGCACAAAGUAUUUUUCAGUCAGUAGGUUCCAGGUGGACUGUGGAAAGUGCUGUUCCAAAGACUAAAAUGGCAGCAGAAAAGAAACAAGAUGUUGGAAAAUUUGUUGAACUUCCUGGUGCAGAGAUGGGAAAGGUCAUUGUGAGAUUUCCUCCUGAGGCAAGCGGAUACUUGCAUAUUGGUCAUGCAAAAGCUGCUCUACUGAAUCAGCACUACCAGGUCAACUUCAAGGGUAAACUGAUAAUGAGGUUUGAUGAUACAAAUCCAGAAAAAGAAAAAGAAGAUUUUGAAAAGGUUAUCUUGGAAGAUGUUGCAAUGCUGCACAUUAAGCCAGAUCAAUUUACUUACACAUCUGAUCAUUUUGAAACAAUAAUGAAAUAUGCUGAGAAGCUCAUUCAAGAAGGGAAGGCUUAUGUAGAUGACACACCAGCUGAACAAAUGAAAAUGGAGCGAGAGCAGAGAGUAGAGUCGAAACACAGAAAUAACUCUGUUGAAAAGAACCUGCAAAUGUGGGAGGAAAUGAAAAAGGGAACAGAAUAUGGGCAGACCUGCUGUCUACGAGCAAAAAUCGACAUGAAUAGUAAUAAUGGAUGUAUGAGAGAUCCAACUCUUUAUCGUUGCAAAAACCAGCCACAUCCACGUACUGGAGAUAAGUACAAUAUCUACCCCACAUAUGAUUUUGCCUGCCCCAUAGUUGACAGUAUUGAAGGUGUCACUCACGCAUUAAGAACAACAGAAUACCAUGACAGAGAUGAGCAGUUCUACUGGAUCAUUGAAGCUUUGGGGAUAAGGAAACCAUAUAUUUGGGAAUACAGCCGUUUAAAUCUCAACAACACUGUACUGUCUAAGAGAAAGCUCACCUGGUUUGUAAAUGAAGGGCUGGUGGAUGGCUGGGAUGACCCAAGAUUUCCAACAGUUCGUGGUGUCUUGAGAAGAGGCAUGACAGUGGAAGGACUGAAACAGUUUAUUGCAGCACAGGGUUCCUCUCGAUCAGUUGUAAACAUGGAAUGGGACAAGAUUUGGUCAUUUAACAAAAAGCUGCGAGCUAUCUGUAAGAAGGUUAUCGAUCCUGUGGCAGCUCGAUUUACUGCUUUGCUCAAGAAUGAAGUAGUUGUAGUGAACAUUCCUGGUGCUCAAGAAGAAGUGAAAGAAGUGGCCAAACAUCCAAAGAAUGCUGAAGUUGGCUUGAAGCCUGUGUGGUAUAGUUCCAAAGUGUUGAUUGAAGGAGCAGAUGCAGAGACCCUAACAGAAGGAGAGAUGGUUACAUUUAUUAACUGGGGCAACAUUAUCAUCACCAAAAUACACAAGAACUCCACUGGCAAAAUCACAUCCAUUGAUGCUAAGCUAAAUUUGGAGAAUAAGGACUACAAAAAAACAGCUAAAAUAACAUGGUUAGCAGAAACACCUUGUGCUCCUCUCAUCCCAGCUGUCUGUGUCAACUAUGAACACUUGAUCACCAAACCUGUCCUAGGCAAGGAGGAAGAUUUCAAGCAGUAUGUCAACAGAAAUAGCAAGCAAGAAGAACUCAUGUUUGGUGAUCCUUGCCUUAAAGAUUUGAAAAAAGGAGACAUCAUACAGCUUCAGAGAAGAGGUUUUUACAUAUGUGAUCAGCCAUAUGAGCCUGUUAGUCCGUACAGUUGUAAAGAAGCCCCAUGUGUAUUAAUUUAUAUUCCUGAUGGUCAUACAAAAGAAAUGCCAACUUCGGGUUCUAAGGAGAAGACCAAAGCAGAAACAGCAAAGAAGGAGGCUAGUAUAGCACUGAAAGAACAGUCUGCUCCACUUGGGACUGAUGCUUCUCACUCUGUAGCUCCUGCUUCAGUUCAGGACCAUUUAGCUCUUUACAACAGAGUGUCUUCUCAAGGUGAUGUAGUUCGUGGUCUAAAAUCAAAGAAGGCACCCAAAGAAGACAUUGAUGCUGCUGUAAAACAACUCUUGGCCUUGAAAGCAGAAUAUAAGGAGAAGACUGGUCAAGACUACAAGCCUGGAACUCCUCCAGUUACUGCAGUGCAGAUCCAGCCUUCCAAGUGUGAGACCACCACUGCCCACAGUGCAGAUAGCAAAGUUCUUUACGAUAAUGUAGCUGAACAAGGGGAAGUAGUCCGAAAACUGAAAGCAGAAAAAGCACCGAAGGAUCAGACUGAUGCUGCUGUGAAAAUGCUUCUAGCUCUGAAAGCAGAAUAUAAGCAAAAAACAGGCCAGGAAUACAAACCUGGCAAUCCACCAAGGAGUUUGCUUCCUAGUUCAUUUCCUUCUGCUUCUCCUCCUUCCAUGUCCCACUGUCCAGUAGUCAGCCAAGCACUUUAUUGUAAAGUAGCAGAACAAGGUGAAUUGGUCCGUAGACUUAAGUCGGAGAAAACAGCAAAGGAUCAAAUAGAUAAUGCUGUGAAAGUGCUUCUUGCUCUAAAGGCAGAAUAUAAACAAAAAACAGGUCAAGAUUAUAAGCCUGGACAUCCUCCUACAGCUCUUCCUCCCUCCUCUUCCUCAUCUGCUUGUGCUUCUGAUCCUGCUUCACUUUCCUGCAAUGGCUCAAUAGACAGAAGAGCUUUGUAUGAUAAAGUAGCUGAACAGGGGGAGGUGGUACGGAGGCUCAAAGCAGAAAAAAUUUCCAAGGAUAAAGUGGAUGAAGCUGUGAAACUCCUCCUUUCCCUGAAGGCUGAAUAUAAAGAAAAGACUGGUCAGGAAUAUAAACCAGGACAACCGCCAUUACCUCAGGCACUUCCUUUAAACCAUCCAACAAGCACAGCAACCAGUGGUCCUGAUACAGCUGAAGCAAAAGCUCUCUUUAACAAGGUUGCUCUCCAAGGAGAGGAAGUCCGGAGACUAAAAUCAGACAAGGCUGAAAAGGAUAAAAUUGAUGCCGCAGUGCAAGAAUUGCUGCAGUUGAAGGGGAAGUAUAAAUUGCUCACAGGCGUAGACUAUAAGCCCAUCUCUGCAACUGGUGCAGAUGAUAAAGACAAGAAGAGAAAAGAGAGAGAUAACAAAUCAGAAAAGCAAAGUAAGCAGCAGAAGCACAGUGAGGGACAAAAGAAGGAAUCUCAGAAACAAGGGGACAAUAGCAACCUGUCUUCAAAUGGGCCAGGAGAUGGUCAAGGACCUAAAAAACAAACCAGGUUGGGUCUUGAGGCCAAGAAAGAAGAAAACCUAGCUGAAUGGUAUUCUCAGGUUAUCACAAAAUCUGAGAUGAUAGAAUACUAUGAUGUGAGUGGGUGCUAUAUUCUCCGUCCAUGGGCUUAUUCUAUUUGGGAAGCCAUCAAAGACUUCUUUGAUAAUGAAAUCAAGAAACUUGGAGUGGAAAACUGCUACUUCCCCAUGUUUGUGUCUCAAGCUGCACUAGAAAAAGAGAAGACGCACAUUGCAGAUUUUGCACCAGAGGUUGCAUGGGUCACAAGGUCUGGCAAAACUGAACUGGCUGAACCAAUAGCUGUACGUCCUACUAGUGAAACAGUUAUGUAUCCUGCCUAUGCAAAGUGGGUUCAGUCACACAGAGAUCUUCCAGUGAAACUUAAUCAGUGGUGCAAUGUUGUUCGUUGGGAGUUCAAACAUCCACAGCCUUUCUUGCGUACCCGUGAAUUCCUGUGGCAAGAAGGACACACAGCCUUCUCAACUUAUGAAGAAGCAGCAGAGGAGGUGUUGCAGAUUUUGGAUCUGUAUGCUCGUGUAUAUGAAGAACUUCUUGCAAUUCCUGUUGUAAAAGGAAGAAAGACAGAAAAAGAAAAGUUUGCAGGUGGAGAUUAUACAACCACUAUUGAGGCAUUUAUAUCUGCCAGUGGACGAGCUAUCCAGGGUGCAACAUCUCAUCACUUGGGGCAGAACUUUUCGAAGAUGUUUGAGAUAGUUUUUGAAGAUCCCAGGACACCAGGAGAGAAACAGUUUGCUUAUCAGAAUUCUUGGGGCCUUACAACUCGUACCAUUGGAGUCAUGACUAUGAUUCAUGCAGAUAACAUGGGUUUGGUGCUACCACCCAGGGUUGCUUGUGUUCAGGUUGUGAUUAUUCCCUGUGGUAUCACAAAUACACUUUCAGAAGCAGACAAGGAGGCCCUAAUGAUCAAGUGUAGUGAAUACCGUAAGCGACUACUCAGUGCUAAUAUCCGCUCACGGGCUGACUUGAGAGAUAACUAUUCUCCUGGCUGGAAAUUUAAUCACUGGGAGCUUAAGGGUGUCCCAAUCAGGCUUGAAGUGGGGCCGCGAGAUAUGAAAAAUAAUCAGUUUGUAGCUGUGCGACGAGAUACAGGAGAGAAGUUGACUUUUGCUGAAAAUGAAGCAGUAGACCAGCUCAGACGUAUUCUGGAAGAAAUCCACACUAACCUUUACAACAGAGCUGCUGAAGACCUUAAAACUCAUAUGGUGGUGGCCAAUACAAUGGAAGAAUUUCAGAAGGAGCUUGAUUCAGGAAAGAUAGUGCAGAUCCCUUUCUGUGGAGAAAUUGAAUGUGAGGACUGGAUCAAAAAAACCACUGCCAGAGAUCAAGACCUUGAGCCAGGUGCACCGUCCAUGGGAGCAAAAAGUCUCUGCAUCCCUUUCAAACCUCUGUGUGAGCUGCAGAAUGGAGCAAAAUGUGUUUGUGGAAAGUGUCCUGCCAAGUUCUACACCCUCUUUGGCCGUAGUUACUAAUCUGCUAGUUGGAAACACCAUUUUCCUUACUUUUCAAGUCUUCAGAUUUUUGGAAUAGACUGAAAAAAAUCUUCCCAGCUCCUAUCCAGGUUUUUGUUACUUUUUAAAACAGCAGCAAACAAAGCCAUACAGAAUCAUACCCCCUUCAGUCAGACUAGCAGUAAUGCACAGACUUUUCUGUAUACAAUAGCUCUAACAAUAAAUAUGUAUUGUCAGUUA